AUCGCACCAAUCUCGAAGCACAAGCAAUCCCCAUUCCCAGGCCGCCGGCAGGCCCCAUCGCCGGCGUCGUUUCUCCGCGGCCGCCACCGGACUUGGCCAGGGAGAAGGCUUCAGGUCGAUCUCCGCGAGGUUCUGCCAUCACGCAAUCCUGCCUUGCCUCUGGAUCAGCAGCUUAGAGUACGAGUAAGUUGAUGGAAGCUGAAAGAAGCCAGCUCAGUCAAAUCGACCCAAGAAGAGCCCGCUUUCCUUGUUGCAUAGUAUGGACUCCCAUACCUUUCAUCACAUGGCUGGUACCGUUUAUCGGUCAUAUUGGCAUUUGCAGAGAAGAUGGUGUAAUCCUGGACUUUGCUGGUCCAAAUUUCGUGUCAGUUGAUAACUUUGCUUUUGGAGCUGUUGCACGCUACAUUCAAGUAAAUGGCGAUGAGCGCUACAAGCUUCUUGGCACUCAAGUAGAGGCGGCAUGGGACGACGCUCUGAAGAAAGGUGUGCAGGAGUUCCAGAACAGGAGCUACAGCCUGUUCACCUGCAACUGCCACUCCUUCGUCGCAAACAACCUGAACCGGCUCUUCUACUCCGGCCACGACAAGUGGAACGUGGUCAGCCUGGCUGCUGUCAUGUUCCUGCGGGGCCGCUGGGUGAGCACUGCGUCUGUGGUGAAGACCUUCGCGCCGUUCGCCGUGGUGCUCACUGUUGGGGCUCUCCUUGGCGGCAUGACAUUCCUGGUGGGCCUGCUCGCUUUCACGGCCGCUAUGACCGGAUGGUUCCUUGUUGGCACCUACUGCAUCAAGAGUCUUAUAGAGUUGUAACCGGAGUCUAGCGGGCCUGGGUUUAGAUUGGGGACUUGGGUUCUCCUUGUGAUUAAUGACCAUGUGUGUACUACCUUGUAACAUCAUCUAUGAGUGUUCUUUUGUCUAUC